UAUUUAUAGAACUAUGUGAAACAACCGCUCAGAAAAUACCGGCAGAGUUUCGCGAAUCGUAUCAUCAUCACCAUCAUCUCGAGCUAAAGCGCGGCAUCACGGAGUCUCGUGCGUGAUGCUUGGGUGUUUUUAGCUGUUGUUUUCGUCCUUCGUCGUCCGAUACUGAUAAGUCCAUCGAUAUCGGCCUCUAAUUGCAUCUUCUUAAUUGGCCAUCAGUGCAGCAUCAUUUCAGUGCCGAAACAUCAAGUUCAACGCACAUUUCAUAGGGAAAUAAUAGUACACUAUCCAGCAAAAUGAGCAAGUACGCCUGGGUCACUUUAGCAACCAACGAUUCCUACUCGCUGGGAGCUCUUGUUGUUGCUCACUCACUGAAACGUGUUCAUACUGUACACCAAAUGGCCGUACUCAUCGCGCCUGGAGUAUCGGAAGCAAUGAAAACAAAGCUGCGUGCUGUAUUCAACGUAGUAGAAGAAGUCAAUCUACUCGAUUCGAAGGAUGCAGCGAAUCUAGCACUUCUGAAGCGCCCAGAACUGGGGGUUACGUUCACGAAAUUGCACUGCUGGCGUCUUACUCAGUUCGAAAAAUGCGUUUUUCUCGAUGCGGACACACUUGUUUUGCGUAAUAGUGACGAACUGUUCGAGCGAGAAGAACUGUCGGCUGCACCGGAUAUUGGCUGGCCGGAUUGUUUCAACUCGGGCGUAUAUGUAUUUAGACCCAAUUUGGAGACUUUCUCCAGUUUGCUGCAAUAUGCGGUGACGCACGGAAGCUUCGAUGGCGGUGAUCAAGGAUUGCUGAAUGCCUACUUCUCUGACUGGGCCCACAAGGAUAUUCAAAAGCACUUACCCUUCAUUUACAACACGUCCUCGGUAGCGACGUACUCCUACUUGCCUGCAUUUAAACAGUUUGGACAAAAUACCAAAAUUCUUCAUUUCAUCGGCACUGUCAAACCAUGGCUGCAGAACUUUAACUCUGAAACACGUAAAGUGUAUGUGCCUUCAGAGUAUCAGCAUCUGGCGAACUUUCUUCAGUACUGGUGGGACAUCUUUGCCGAAGAUGUCCAUUCAAGGCUGAGCCCAGAUAUGAGUGGUCUUGCGGGAGCAUUGGCUCAGUUGCAUCUUGGUGAGGCGAAAUCUAAAGAACAGGAAGCCUACGAAGAGCACAUGAGACGCCAAUGUUGGGAAACAGGUAACAUCGAUUAUAUGGGUCGCGAUUCGUUCGAAAACAUUUGGAAACGCAUUCAACAAACCCUCAACUCCGGAGCCGGCACGGGUGCCGAAGAUAAGGCGGAAUCCUCCUCCACCGUGGAGACUGUAUCCCCCGCUCCAGCACAACGCACUAGUCGCCGUCCAUCGCGAUCACGUUCUGCGACGCCGAAAAGGGAUCCGAAAGAUCGGUCUCCUACGCCGCAACCGGAAGAUAAAAAACCUGUCGAUAAAAAGGAAGUACUAGUCGUCCCACCGCCGAUCAUUGCGGAGGAAGACGACGUUGCUAUCAGUUUAUCAUCGAUCGAAAGUACCCAUGCGAUGCGAACCCAAGCAAAGUUGCCGCCACCAAUUCAGUACGAUCCGACUACCAAUACGACAACAUUGACCAAGAAAGUCUUUGCAGGUUAUCGGCAGAUUAUAACGACGAAGAGUCCAGAAGGCAAAACCCGUACGCACGAGAAACUCGUCUACGAUCCGUCGAUUGAAGAUGAUCAAAAGUCGGACAGAGAAGUUGAUCAACCAUCUACGGCACUAGAUGCUUCUCAGAAGAGUUCGAAACACGACGUCGUAGAUGGUGCUGCUACUGCUACUACUGCUACGCCUCAGAUAGCGAAAGCAGAUGCAAAAGAACAGUCCCAGAGGCAAGCUGCCACAAGCGAAAAUGUGCCACCAAAGAAGGAAAGGCAGACGCCAAGUACUGCUCCGGAGGCCAGUAGUAAUGUCAGCGCUUAUCAACCGACGAUUCCUAAAUCCGCUCCAAAGCCUGUAGCUACACCUGCGGCACCAGCGCCGGUCCAGCAACAGGUGGCACAGGAAUCGAUUGCAGGUAAAACGAAUGCAUUGGCGGACACGAAGCAACCGGUCAAAGCAUUGCGCAAAAAACGACACAUCUCUCCACAGUCGCGACCACAGCAAACUACUACAAAUGCCGCGUCGAUCAAUCAAGCGCCAGGAAAACCAUCCCCAUCAUCAUCUUCAUCAUCCUUAACGUCUGCUUCGCGCAAUGACCCACCGUCUAACCAAAAGGCUUCCAUCGCUACUGCCAUUUCGUCAGCCAUCGGAUCGCCUUCACCGUCAGUAUCGCCCAACAUGGCAAAGACGAGUAACAGUCCGAUCACUCCGAACAAGUCCACUGCUUUAGGUGAUGAGAAAGUAUCACCAAUUUUAACAUCAUUAUCACCAGACAAGACUCUUCCACCCGUACAGCAACAAUCAUCACCUCAGCUUAACACGCCGCCUUCUGCUCAAACGAAACAGAAUCAGCCAGUUUCGGAAGGUGUUAGAGUUGGUUCGCCACCAGUGCCUCCACGCCGCAAGCGUGAGUCAAGAGCAACAAAGUUAGGUAAAAUUUAACAAACGCCAUCCCUUUAUAGCGCUUCCAUUCGAAUCAUCAUUUUCUCUGUUCGCCAUGACGUUUUUACAUGAGUAGUAUUUGCGGUGGAGCAAUUGCUAAACAUUCAAAAACCACCGCGCGUACAGGCAACCCGAAGCCUUGAUCACCAUUCUUUCCAUCAGGCGCAACAAGCAAAUCGAAAAGAGCUGACGAUGUAACAGACGUUGCGUUUUGCAAACAGUUAGCAUUAUUAAAGUGGUUGAGAACUUCAAGAAUUGGUAGUCCGUUUUCAAAAUUUACCUACAGGAAGGAGUCAUCUAUUGCCGCAAUUCAAAUGGCUCUAUUAGAUACUAACCGACACGAUCGAUCCUUCGAUAUGGAUCGAUACACGCAGAUGAUGUAACUGUAGGUACAAUUCUGAGCCUGUAUUGAACUCUGAAAGCGACGAGAACUUCAAAAUUAUGGUUUCCAAAAUUUUGCAUCCAAAAUUUAAUGCUGACACGUUCAAUUCUUCUUCGAUAUCAAUUGACUAUUAAUUAGUGAAUAGAUGCUAUCUUCAAAACGAAGCAUUAUAUCAACAUACUCGAAUAAUUCUAAACAAACACAAUCAUUUUCCGUUGUACGGCUACUUCUACUUACUCAUGUAAAACGAUUCAAACGCAUAGAACCUGGUCGACA